GGGAGAGCGGUGCGCGAGACUGGGAGCGUGGCCGGCGGCGAGCGCAGCAGCGCUCGAGCGCGGCGCCAGCAUGAAGCAGCUGCUGCCUGUGCCUCGCUGACACUUCAUGGCCACAACCCCAGGCCCUGCUGGCAUUGCCAUGGGCAGCGUGGGCAGCCUGUUGGAACGGCAGGACUUCUCCCCUGAAGAGCUACGGGCAGCACUCGCGGGGUCCCGGGGCUCCCGCCAGCCGGACGGUCUGCUUCGGAAGGGCCUGGGCCAGCGUGAGCUCCUCAGCUACCUGCACCUCCCGAAGAGAGAUGGCAAGGCUGCCAAGCGGGCGGCUCGCAAUGAGUCGGCCGACUACGCCACCCUCUACUACCGGGAGCAUCCCUGGGCUGGGGACUUCAGCAAGACCUCGCUGCCCGAGCGGGGCCGCUUUGACAAGUGCCGCAUUCGCCCGUCUGUGUUCAAGCCCACGGCGGGCACCGGGAAGGGCUUCCUGUCCAUGCAGAGCCUGGCAGCCCACAAGGGCCAGAAACUGUGGCGCAGCAAUGGCAGCCUGCACACGCUGGCCUGCCACCCACCCCUGAGCCCGGGGCCCCGGGCCAGCCAGGCACAGGCCCGGGCCCAGCUGCUGCACGCCCUCAGCCUGGAUGAGGGGGGCCCUGAGCCCGAACACAGCUUGUCGGACUCCUCCAGUGGAGGGAGCUUUGGCCGCAGCCCCGGCACCGGCCCCAGCCCCAGCCCCUUCAGCUCCUCCGUGGGUCACAUCAACCACCUCGGGGGCUCUCUGGACCGGACCGCGAGGGUCCCCAAGGAAGCGGGGCCACUGGCUGUGCUGAGCUGCCUGCCUGAGCCACCUCCCCCCUACGAGUUCUCCUGCCCUUCUGCCGAGGAAGUGGUGGCCGCUGUGCUGCCUGAGACCUGCGAGGAACUCAAGAGAGGCUUUGGGGAUGAAGACAGCUCCAAUCCCUUCACACAGGUGCUGGAGGAGCGUCACCGGCUAUGGCUGGCCGAGCUGAAGCGUCUGUACGUGGAGCGGCUGCACGAGGUCGCCCAGAAGGCCGAGCGCAGCGAGCGCAACCUCCAGCUUCAGCUGUUCAUGGCCCAGCAGGAGCAGCGGCGCCUGCGCAAGGAGCUGCGGGCUCAGCAGGGCCUGGGCCCUGAGCCUCGGCCCCCGGGCACACUUCCAGAUGGUGACCCUGGUGGCCGGCCGGAGGAGGAAGCCCGGUGGGAGGUGUGCCAGAAGACUGCCGAGAUCAGCCUCCUGAAACAGCAGCUGCGGGAGGCCCAGGCGGAGCUGGCCCAGAAGCUGGCAGAGAUCUUCAGCCUUAAGACGCAGCUUCGAGGCUGCCGGGUGCAGGCGCAGGCCCAGGACGAGGAGGUGGCCCGGCUGCGGGAGGCCGUGCGGAGCCUGCAGGAGCAAGCCCCUCGGGAGGAAGCCCCUGGCAGCUGUGAGACCGAUGACUGCAAGAGCCGGGGGAUGCUAGGGGAGGCCGGCAGCAGCGAGCCCCGGGACGGGGCCAGAGCCGAGCAGCUGUGGGCUGAGCUGCUGCAGGAGCGGCUGCGGGGUCAGGAGCAGGCUCUGCGUUUCGAGCAGGAGCGGCGGACGUGGCAGGAGGAGAAGGAGCGGGUGCUGCGAUACCAGAGGGAGAUCCAGGGGGGCUACAUGGACAUGUAUCGCCGCAACCAGGCACUGGAGCAGGAGCUGCGGGCGCUGCGGGAGACACCCACAGCCUGGAGCCCUCGCCUGGAGUCCUCCAAGAUCUGAGGCCAGUGGAAGCAGCUGACAGAGCUGUCUGAAGAUGGCCUGGGCAGCCAGCCCCAUGGCGCUGGGCCCCUUCCCUUACCCUGAGUCCGGGGCCUGAUCUUCAAGGCUGGCCCCGGUGUGGGGAGACCCAUCUGGAGGUGGGCUUCAGGGGGCCCAGGAGCUAGACAGGUGCCAGGAGACGAGCACCCAGGCAGGGCCCAGGCCAGCCCCCUGGAGGGGGGUGGCACAGGGACGUGAUGCAGGAGAGGGGUCCACGUGAGGGAGGGCGGUUGAAACCAGGGCUGAGACUUCCCUGUAAGGAGGCUGCAGUGGGCACCUCGGCCUCCCCCGGAAUAAAACCAGGUUUUCUACGA